AUGGCAAGCACUUAACCACUAUGCUUAUCGGGAUGCAGUGUUCCUUGCAGAACGAUUAUAUGCAGAAGACUUGCAGAAGGAGAGCAGAUCCUGUCUGGUGGAGUGCUGAAUAAACAGAAAAGCCAUGAUGACAUUGUUAUGGAGUUUGGUGACUCUGCAUGCUUUACACUCUCCUUACUGGGCCAUGUUUACUGCAAGACAGACCGGCUUGCCAAAGGAUCAGAAUGUUACCAAAAGAGCCUUAGUUUAAAUCCUUUCCUCUGGUCCCCUUUUGAAUCACUCUGUGAAAUAGGUGAAAAACCAGACCCUGACCAAACAUUUAAAUUGACAUCUUUACAGAACUUCAGCAGCUGUCUGCCCAACACUUGCACAACCUUGGUGUCCAACCACAACAUAUCUCACAGGCAGCCUGAGACUGUCCUGAUGGAAACACCACAAGACACAAUUGAGCUGAACAGAAUCAACCUAGAAUCCUCCAACUCAAAAUAUUCCUCCUUGAACACGGAUUCUUCUAUGUCUUACAUUGACUCAGCUGUCAUUUCACCAGAUGCUGUCCCUCUUGGGUCAGGAACUGCCAUCUUGUCUAAACAGGCUCAAAAUAAACCAAAAACUGGGAGGAGUUUACUGGGGGGACCUGCAGCUUUGAGCCCACUGACUCCAAGCUUUGGAAUUUUGCCACUGGAAACUCCAAGCCCUGGGGAUGGAUCAUAUUUACAAAACUACACAAACUCUUCCACUGUAAUUGAUGUGCCAUCCACAGGAGCUCCUUCAAAGAAGACUGUCAGCAGGAUAAGCCAAGCUGGGACAAAAUCUGUCUUCUCCCAGAGUGGAAACAGCCGGGAAGUCACUCCUGUUCUUGUUGCACAAACACAGAGCUCUGGCCCACAGACAAGUACAACACCUCAGGUAUUGAGCCCAACAAUUGCUGCUCCACCAAACGCGCUGCCUCGAAGAAGCUCUCGCCUGUUUACUAGUGAUAGCUCCACAACAAAGGAAAACAGCAAAAAAUUAAAAAUGAAGUUUCCACCUAAGAUUCCCAACAGAAAAACAAAAAGUAAAACAAAUAAGGGAGGAAUAACUCAACCCAACUUAAAUGACAGUUUGGAAAUCACCAAACUGGACUCUUCGAUCAUUUCAGAAGGGAAAAUUUCCACUGUCACACCACAGAUCCAGGCUUUUACUCUACAGAAGGCAGCAGCAGAAGGUUUGAUGAGUCUUCUCCGUGACAUGGGGAAAGGUUAUUUAGCCUUGUGUUCCUACAACUGCAAAGAAGCAAUCAAUAUUUUGAGCCAUUUACCAUCCCACCACUACAACACUGGCUGGGUGCUGUGCCAAAUUGGGAGAGCUUACUUUGAACUUGCAGAAUACAUGCAGGCUGAGAGAAUAUUUUCAGAAGUAAGGAGGAUUGAGAACUACAGAGUGGAAGGCAUGGAGAUCUACUCAACUACUCUGUGGCAUCUGCAGAAAGAUGUUGCACUCUCAGUUCUUUCAAAGGAUUUGACAGACAUGGAUAAAAACUCACCAGAGGCUUGGUGUGCUGCUGGCAACUGCUUCAGCCUGCAGCGAGAGCAUGACAUUGCCAUCAAGUUCUUCCAGAGAGCCAUCCAAGUUGAUCCAAACUAUGCUUAUGCCUACACCCUGCUGGGACAUGAGUUUGUGCUGACAGAAGAACUGGACAAAGCAUUAGCUUGUUUCAGAAAUGCCAUCAGAGUCAACCCUAGACACUACAAUGCAUGGUAUGGGCUGGGAAUGAUUUAUUACAAACAGGAAAAAUUCAGUCUAGCAGAAAUGCAUUUCCAGAAAGCACUUGAUAUCAAUCCUCAGAGCUCAGUCUUACUGUGUCACAUUGGAGUUGUCCAGCAUGCACUGAAAAAAUCAGAAAAGGCUUUGGAUACUUUAAACAAAGCUAUUAACAUUGACCCCAAGAACCCACUAUGCAAAUUCCAUAGAGCUUCUGUAUUGUUUGCAAAUGAAAAAUACAAGUCUGCUUUACAAGAACUUGAAGAACUGAAACAGAUUGUUCCCAAAGAGUCUCUUGUUUACUUUUUAAUAGGAAAGGUUUAUAAAAAACUGGGUCAGACACAUUUGGCCCUAAUGAAUUUCUCAUGGGCAAUGGACUUAGAUCCCAAAGGAGCCAAUAACCAGAUCAAAGAGGCCAUUGAUAAACGUUACCUUCCAGAUGAUGAGGAGCCAAUCACUCAAGAAGAGCAAAUCAUUGGCACAGAUGAGUCCCAGGAGAGCAGCAUGACUGAUGCAGAUGACACGCAGCUCCACGCAGUGGAAAGUGAUGAAUUUUAA